AUGAAUGAACCUAGGCGAUACAGACGACUGGUCGAAAAACUUAACUACUUAACUGUCACCCGACCAGAUAUCUCCUUUGCCGUGAGUGUCCUAAGUCAGUUCAUGGCCACUCCAUACACGGGACACUGGGCUGCUACUUUCCGUGUCUUAAGAUAUCUCAAGACCACACCAGGCCUAGGGAUCUUAUAUUCUGAUCAGGGUCAUUGCCGUGUGGGUUCUUUCAUGGAAGAUGUAGAUGGAGGUAUAUCUGGUUUCUCAGACGCAGAUUGGGGAGGUUGUCCUAUUUCCAUCGAUCCACCACUGGGUAUUGUGUUUUCAUUGGAGGAAACCUUGGGUCCUGGAAGAGUAAGAAACAACACACUGUAUCCAGAUCAAGUGUCGUAUUAG